AUGACACAUCGGAGUGUCACCCGUGACGCGGUGGGUGUCACCGCCACACUUGUCACUUUCCAAGUUGAAAUCGCAGCGAUCGCCUGCGAUUCGCUGUUUUCGAGGGAAUACGAGGAGGAGGAGGUGAGAAGACGAUCUGUGGUGGUUCUGGAGAGUUUUGUGUGUUUCGGUUGUCAACCGUGUGUUUCGGUUGUCAACCGGAGAUGGGUAAGUGAAGUGUCAGUGGUGACACUCGAGGCCGUGUUCUCGACACCGGCCUGUGGCGCUCUUCAUAUUCUGCUGCUGCUGCUGCUGCUGCUACUUCGUGGUGGUGGUGGUGGUGGUGGUGGUGGUGUUAGUGUCGUCGUCGAAUGGCGGCUCCUUGCCAGCUGGAUGGCUGGCUGGCUCUUACCUCUCUGGCUGGUUCUUAAACCCGAACAUGUUCUCUGA